GCUCGGAGUCUGUGUUCAGUCCGAGCUCCUGGAGACUCAUCCGUCUUUUUCUACCGUUUCUCUGUCCAGGAAUACUAAAGUGAUGCUUCACCGUGACCGGCGGCAUACAGCGGCAGAAGAGGACCGGCGGUGACAACUUUAUAUCCCAUUUCACUCUUUUUUUAAAGGAGUAUUUCCCUCUUUUCUUCGCUCUACUUGAAGACGCUGUGUUUUUGCGUCCUCCAAUAAUGUCGGACCUCUUUUAAAACUUUUCUGUCUCUAUGCGGCAGAGGAGACAUUUUGGGGAGUUUUUUCGGUCCGGGGUUGUGAGUUGUCGUGUUUCAGUGCAGGAAUGCCUCAUUUUUCGCCGUAGCUCCAUGUAAAUCUAUUCUGUGCCCGGCGGACUGACCGUGCUGCUGCUACUGGAAAUACGAGGACUUUUCUUGCGCAGUAAUUCGGUGUAAAUGGAUCGACAGUCCAGUUUCAUUUCCAUUUGGCUACAACUGGAGCUCUGUGCCAUGGCCGUUCUUCUGACUAAAGGAGAGAUACGGUGUUACUGUGACGCGCCGCACUGUGUGGCCACCGGAUACAUGUGCAAAUCAGAACUGGACGCAUGCUUUACUAAGGUCCUGGACCCGCUCAACGCAAACUCCCCCCUCACCCACGGGUGUUUAGACCCUAUUGCCAACGCUGCAGAUAUCUGCAGCAGCAGCAUCCAGAGGGCUGCAGACGCCCUCACAGGGGCCACUGGAGUGCUGGAGUGCUGCCACGACGACAUGUGCAACUACAGAGGCCUGCACGACCUGGCACACACCAGGGACUCAACAGAUAGCCGGUACCAGCCGGACAGCAACAACAGGAACCUGGUGACCCGGGUUCAGGAGCUGGCCUCAGCCAAGGAGGUGUGGUUCCGGGCAGCUGUGAUCGCGGUGCCCAUCGCUGGCGGCCUCAUCCUAGUGCUGCUCAUCAUGCUGGCCUUACGAAUGCUGCGUAGCGAGAACAAGCGGCUACAGGACCAGCGGCAACAGAUGUUGUCGCGGCUCCACUACAGCUUUCAUGGCCAUCACACCAAGAAGGGCCAUGUGGCCAAGCUGGACCUGGAGUGCAUGGUGCCUGUGACAGGCCACGAGAACUGCUGUCUGACCUGUGACAAGAUGAGACAGGCCGACCUCGGCAACGACAAGAUCCUAUCUCUGGUGCACUGGGGGAUGUACAGUGGCCACGGCAAGCUGGAGUUUGUAUGACUUCCUGCUGGGGACUAUGUGGCUGUCACCUUCCCACAAGCAGCCAGGACUGCCUCUCAAUCGUUGGCUUUAGCUUUUCUACUUUAUAAAGACAUUCCCAUGUUUUCCUCCACUGGACUGUUGGGUUUGUGUUUUCAGUUUUUUUCAACCAGUGGCGGAAAAAUACGAGACUGAUCUCAUGCCGUGUGGUUUUUGCUAGAGGAGCACUUUACUUGAAAAUGAAAGGCAAAGCAACGAGGAGCUGUAUUUAAACUUGAGAGGGCAGGACUGAUGUGGAGUAAGAGCUCUGUCACUGCUCCUGAGGAUCCUGGACUUUUUUACACUGAGCGCUGAAGGAUUCCAAAUCUGUCUUAUUUGCACAUUUGUAAAAAACAAACAAACAAAAAAAAAACAGAAAAGAAAAAGAAACAAAAAAGUUGUUGCUUAAAAACGAAUUCUACACUGACACCAGGGUACAAAAAGGACUUCUUUGAGGAGUAAAAAAUUCAGUGUUUGACUGUAGGUGUGCACACUCCUCUGUGUACGUUUCAUGAUUCAAGCUUAUUGUAAAGAUUCUAAAUAUAUAUAUAUAUAUAUAUAUUUUUGUCUGAUAAAACUGACCAGCGUGUGUCUUAUUCUGGAUGAAUGUCCAACAUCUCUCUCUGUGAUCAGACUAUAAGCUUGAUUGUGAGUGUGAAAGAAAAACUUCCAUUAAAAGUGACUUUUUAUUUA